GAAACCGGCCUAGGUGAAGAGACCGAGAAGGGGAGCCCGGGUGGGAGGGCCUUGCGUUCAGGGCCCGUGGCUGGUUUAGCCGGUGUUGUGGUUGGUACUUCGCUGAUGGGGAGGCUCUCAGGUUGCCCGGAACAUACUUCCCAAUGGGUGAUGGUGGAAAAUUAGCGGGUAGGAAAUCUUGAGGGUCGGAGGCAUUUUUUUUUUUCUCUUGGCUCCGCCCUCUUCCCCGUUCAGUGACCUGGGCGUCUGGCCCACCGAGGGGGAAGGGCGGCUUGGCCGGGCCGUCGGAGAGUGCUGUGCGCACGCGCGCAUCCCGGUGUGUGAGUGUUCGUGCUCGCGCGCGCGCUCCCGCACUUAGGAAGCUGGGGAAGAAGCGGUGUGCUGAGCGAUGAGCGGGGCAAAGCCCAGUCCCCUGCCGUGGGUACCAGACGCUCCUGACCGUGCGCUGGCCCUCCCCACCCAACCAGCAGCCUUUGCCUGAGCGGCCGUGGUCCAUGGCCUCUGUGCGUUUCCACUUCAGGACCAGGCACGAAAAAGUCUGGAGACUUUUUGGAGGGAAGCUCAAAACCGCUGACUUGGGUUAAAACAAAAUGAAGAUUUUUUCUGAAUCUCAUAAAACAGUCUUUGUUGUGGAUCACUGCCCUUACAUGGCAGAAUCAUGCAGACAGCAUGUUGAGUUUGAUAUGCUGGUGAAGAACAGGACCCAAGGCAUCAUCCCAUUGGCCCCUAUAUCUAAAUCAUUGUGGACUUGCUCAGUAGAAUCUUCCAUGGAAUACUGUAGAAUAAUGUAUGAUAUAUUUCCUUUCAGAAAACUGGUGAAUUUCAUUGUGAGUGACUCUGGAGCACAUGUUUUAAAUUCCUGGACUCAAGAAGACCAAAAUUUGCAAGAGCUAAUGGCAGCAUUAGCUGCUGUUGGGCCCCCUAAUCCACGGGCAGAUCCAGAAUGCUGCAGUAUUCUACAUGGCCUCGUUGCAGCAGUGGAAACCCUCUGUAAAAUUACAGAAUACCAACAUGAGGCCCGUACUCUACUAAUGGAGAAUGCAGAACGUGUUGGCAAUAGGGGGAGAAUAAUUUGCAUUACUAAUGCAAAAAGUGAUAGUCAUGUGCGAAUGCUUGAGGACUGUGUUCAGGAAACGAUUCAUGAGCAUAACAAGCUUGCUGCAAAUUCAGAUCAUCUCAUGCAGAUUCAGAAGUGUGAGCUGGUUUUGAUCCAUACCUACCCUGUUGGUGAAGACAGCCUUGUAUCUGAUCGUUCCAAAAAAGAGUUGUCCCCUGUUUUAACCAGUGAAGUUCAUAGUGUUCGUGCAGGACGGCAUCUUGCUACCAAAUUAAAUAUUUUAGUACAGCAACAUUUUGACUUGGCUUCAACUACUAUUACAAAUAUUCCAAUGAAGCCCACAUUCAGUGUCUUUGACCAGGAAGAACAACAUGCUAACACAUCUGCCAAUUAUGAUGUGGAGUUGCUUCAUCACAAAGAUGCACAUGUAGAUUUCUUGAAAAGUGGUGAUACCCACUUAGGCGGUAGCAGUAGAGAAGGCUCGUUUAAAGAAACAAUAACAUUAAAGUGGUGCACACCCAGGACAAAUAACAUCGAAUUACACUAUUGCACUGGCGCUUAUCGAAUUUCACCUGUAGAUGUAAAUAGUAGACCUUCUUCCUGCCUUACUAAUUUUCUUCUAAAUGGUCGUUCUGUUUUAUUGGAACAACCACGAAAGUCAGGUUCCAAAGUCAUCAGUCAUAUGCUUAGUAGCCAUGGAGGAGAGAUAUUUUUGCACGUCCUGAGUAGUUCUCGAUCCAUUCUAGAAGAUCCGCCUUCAAUUAGUGAAGGAUGUGGAGGAAGAGUUACAGACUACCGGAUCACAGAUUUUGGUGAAUUUAUGAGGGAAAACAGAUUAACUCCUUUUCUAGACCCCAGAUAUAAAAUCGAUGGAAGUCUUGAGAUCCCUUUGGAGCGAGCAAAAGAUCAGUUAGAAAAACACACCCGUUACUGGCCUAUGAUUAUUUCUCAAACCACCAUUUUUAACAUGCAAGCGGUAGUUCCAUUAGCCAGUGUUAUUGUGAAAGAAUCUUUGACAGAAGAAGAUGUGUUAAACUGUCAAAAAACAAUAUACAACUUAGUUGAUAUGGAAAGAAAAAAUGAUCCUCUACCUAUUUCCACAGUGGGUACAAGAGGAAAAGGCCCUAAAAGAGAUGAACAAUACCGUAUCAUGUGGAAUGAAUUAGAAACCCUUGUGAGAGCCCAUAUCAAUAACUCGGAGAAACAUCAAAGGGUCUUGGAAUGUCUGAUGGCCUGUAGGAGCAAACCCCCAGAAGAAGAAGAACGAAAGAAACGAGGAAGAAAGAGGGAGGACAAAGAGGACAAGUCAGAGAAAGCAGUAAAAGAUUAUGAACUGGAGAAGACUUGGCAAGAUUUAGAGAGAUUAAAAGGCAUCUUAGAACGUGGAAAAGAAGAAUUGGCUGAAGCUGAAAUUAUAAAAGAUUCACCUGAUUCCCCAGAACCUCCAAACAAAAAGCCCCUUGUUGAGAUGGAUGAAACUCCACCAGUAGAAAAAUCAAAAGGACCAGUGUCUUUAUUAACCUUGUGGAGUAAUAGGAUCAAUACUGCCAAUUCCAGAAAACAUCAGGAGUUUGCUGGACGUUUGAACUCUGUUAAUAACAGAGCUGAAUUAUAUCAACAUCUUAAAGAAGAAAAUGGAAUGGAGACAACAGAAAAUGGAAAAGCCAGCCGGCAGUGAAGAGUGACUUGAGGAACUAAAUUUACUAUAUUGCAUAAAUAUUUUGGGCAGAAUUUGAUAUAAGUACUUUUACAGCAAGAUUGUAUAGUUAUGUUGCCUGGACUGGUUUUUACAUUUUUAAGAUAUUUCAACUAACUUUAUCUUUUUUGUAUUAAUUGUAAGAUUGGCACAUAUGUCAAAAAAAUACAUUUGAGAUUUGUCCUCCCAAAUCACACAAAUUUAUUUUAUGGUAAAAGGUUUUCCCUCUGGAAAUGUUUUUUAAAAAAUUCUUAGGCUUCUCUUUGCCAAAUAAAACUAUUAAAAAUGUCUGAAAUGCAAAA